ACCUACCUCCACUCAUCCACACAACAAAAUCGGUUGGCCUGCCAGGAAAUAAAAUUUGUUGAACGAAUAUCCCGAGAUUUGCCGAAACUUUACUACCAAGAUAUGGAUUUUCCCACCAACCCUCACCACCAUUCAACCCCCCACUUGGGCGUAUCCUUACCUGAGAUUCUCCGUAAGGUCAUGACCUUCCUUCCGACCCCCGAUCUGCUCACCUCCACCAAGGUCAACACCGCAUGGUUUGAAAAGUAUUUGCAUACAACCCGCGUCCGAUCCAACUAUCACGAACGAGUCGUAGUGUACUGGAGUAGCAAAUUGACCCGCCUCUUCCCACAACUUGAAGACUUAGCUGUCCAAGCGAAGGGAAAAGUGAGACAUCUAGAUCUAUGCUUUUCCCUAAAUUUGGGACCUGAUUUGUAUCACAUUUUCAAAAUUAUCACAACAUUUGGCAAGUCUUUGAAAUCCUUGACAUUAGUCUUGAGUGACAAUGUAAACAAAAUAUCAAACAAAGAUGGCAACUUACCCGAAUUCCUUGCCUUGCUCUCCCGGGAAAAUUUAAUUCUACCUUCCAUCACCAAGCUUGAGGUCGAUACAUACAAUGUUGAAGAUUAUGAGAAAUUUGUUUCCAUUAUUACCGCAAUUUCACCCAUAUUCCCGAACGUGACUAACAUCCACUUCACCAUGAUUGGGUGGAAACAACUAGAAUUCUUGUUUGUCACGAAACCCCGCCAAUUUCCCGCCUUGACCUCGUUUUCCUUUCAGAAUGAGCCCGACGUGGACGAAAUCCCGCUAAUUCCCCCGCCUGAAAUGUUUUUCGUAAAUAUCGUCAAGCUCGAAUUCUCCGUCGAAGGAUACCCCCCGCUCUGUCGGGUAGGUCCAAAGCUCCUCCAAAUUUUAGCUCCCGUCCUGCAACACGUUCAUAUCACGGAGAUAAGUAGCCCUCAAAUUGUCCAGGUUCCAAUAAUGCCAAAACUCCGGGUUUUCAAGAGAAGUCGCCCCCCUGAUAAGUGUAGCGGGAGCAGAAUCGCAUUACAAUUCAAAACUGAAGAUUCCUUAACAGGAGUAAAACUCAACUACAAGAAACAAUUUCCCGUCUUGGCAAAAAUUUCGAUUAAGUGUGUAACCCAAGGUUAUAAACGAGAAGACGACGAGGAGGACUUUUUCGAGGGGACGGUCCGGUUUUUGUAUGAUACUUUCAUCCCGGGAAAUAUUUCGGUGUGCGAAACGUUAUGCGAAUUGGAUGUCCCACUUCCGCCAGGGGAUGAAUUUAAGUUCCGGGGUAUGAAAUCUGGGAGGGAUCGAUGUUCCGGCGAUAUUCGGAAUCCCGUCUGUAAUUGUUACGAGUGGGUAUGCUCGACUACAUUUUUGGACCAUUUGGCAGCCACGUUUCCAAAUUUGCAAUAUGCAUUUUUAGCCGAGAGUAAGAAGAAGGUUAGGUGUGACUUGGUGAAGAAGUGGGUUCAGAUGGGGGUGGAUUUGGGCUUGUUAGACAAAUCGUAUAGAGUUAGUGAGGAUAAAGAGAGAUAAACGGUGUAAAAAUAAUGGUAAAAUAUCCCGAGAUGAAGAGGGUAAAAAUUUCAAGCAGUUCGAACGAAAUUCUUAAAAUUACGUGGGGAGAUUUCAGUGAAAAUUCUUUGAGUGACAUACAUACAUACAAAUAAAUAAAUAAAAAUUGCUACUUGUGUACCAAGAUGUAAUACAUGUCUGCCCACACCUUGGUUCAAUUUUGUUUAAGUUGCAUUAGCUUAGCGUUACUUAGACAAAGCACACUCUGAACAAUAAUAUUACCCUUUUGAAAAGUAA